GCCGCCCUUCUCCUCACACGCUCUCUAUUCGCGGAGAGAACAGCACGAGACCAGGUCUACGGUCAAACUCUGACUCAGGACUGAGGACUGAGGACAAGACACAAAGUCCCCUGAGUCAAUGUGCCAAAACAACCGUGCGUAAUUACGCAUAGACAGAAAAACAAUGAGUGCCACAACAGCAAUGGAAGUGAACGCUGAAGCUAGACGGAUCCUGGCGGUGUCUAUAAACAAGCUGUACGCGUCCAGGACUCAGAGAGGCGGACUCAGACUGCACCGGAGCCUCCUGCUGUCUCUGGUCAUGAGGUCUGCCCGGGACAUCUAUCACUCCUCCCGGGACAGCGAGUGGCCCGGCGCGCCGCAGCCGACACCGGAGGAGCCCAUGGACUCCAGCUCAGGACCACAAGCCGAGCCUCAGCCUGAGCCUCAGCCCGAGCCUCAGCCCGAGCCACAGCCCGCCCUCAGCCACCCAGCGGAGCCGCCCGCGGAGCAGCUGGGCGACGCGGGGGAAGGGAGUGACAGUGAAACCACAGAGGACAAAGAGAACUGGAGUCCGGCGGCGAGACAGUCCAGGAAACGCCGGGGCAAGGCGUCGGCGGCGCCCGACUUCCUGCCCAGCAAGAGGGCGAGGCUGGAGCCCGGGGAGGAGAGGUAUGCGGCCCCGCUGGGCAGCUGUCGCACUGGGGCCGGAGAAUCUCUCACCGCCUUGUCUCUAAAUCGAGUUAUAGCUGUCUGCUGAACACAUGGAGGGAGGAGAUAAACCUCCAGUGAGACUUGAGAGCGGGGUUGAUUUUUAAUCCCCCCUUAACCUACAAGGGUGAUCUGGUCCCUUUGCGCACCAAGGAUCUGACCUACAUCGGCGAUGCCGGGACAGGGUGACGAACCCCUGGCCACGGUGCGAUCUCGAUGGGGUCGAUGUGUGUGUGGAGCUCGUCGGGCGCGUUAAAGCCCGACACGGAGACCAACAAGCGGAGAAGGAGAUGAAAGAGACGUUAGAGGGGAAGUUAGAGGGAGAAACUGAGCAAGAACUCAACUCAGUGUGUGAUUCACCUUCAUCCACAUGAGUUACGCUGACUCAAAGUGUGUUGUCAACGUCUGUGUGAGUCAGUCAGAGAGGAGGCGAAGGGGGAAUAACACACUCACACACACACACACACACUGUGCAGGACUUCCGGGAAUUUCCAGCCUUCACACCAGACUCUUCCACUGAAAGAGGAAGAGGAAGAGCAGUGAAGGCAAACACACACACAGAUCUUCAGCUGCUGCUCUGGACGUUGAUGAAUCAUUACUACUGUUUUGGACUUUCCCACAUCCUGUGUUCACACAGUGCUUUAGAAAAGAAAAGCAGACAUGGUUCACACCGUGAGACACAAGUAACUCAACAACAACUCAACAACUCAAUGCUGUUCAUGUCUAAUAUGUAAAA